CUGCUAGAUUAAUCGGUCCCGCAUCAACACGCGAUGUCAAAAAAGGUAAUUCGCGGUAUUAUGAACGCGAUGACGUGCUUGACACCGUCGCCGAAGAAGCGGAAGAAAGAAGAGAAUGAUAGCAGAGACGAGAAAAUGAAUCUGCCGCGAAAUGACACGUUGAACGCAAAUGCUGAGGAGACACUUUAUUCUGCGAAGAAGAAUGAAGAGAUGAUCGCGAGUCUGCCAAUUAACGGCAGCGGAGGGCCGGUGAGCCGCGUGGGUCGUGGAUUGGCCCUUCACAGGUCCAACUCCAGCUUGGAACUUCCGCACAGUCCGGAUCCUGCCUCCCGGGUGCCAGAGACGCCUCUCAGAAGAGAGUAUGGAUCUCACGGGAGCAUCGAUGUAGUGGCGCAGUCCAUCACAGCCGGCGAAAACUUCUUCGCUCUACUGCAGGACUUUCGACCGACAGAACAGCGCGGCGCCAGUGAUUAUCUGCGCCGAGUUCAUCAGGACGGAAGUGGCCAGCCGCUUGACGUCGACGAGGUCUGCGGCCCGACUGGCGCCGGUUCCAGUCCGAAGCUACGAUUGAAGCUGAACAGACUGUGGGGCGGCAAACCACCGCGAGCGAUGGAGGAGACGUGCACCAGUCCUAUGGUGUCGGCCGACGUAGAGGAACGUCACCGGAGACGCGCGUUCGCCCACUACGACUGUCAGUCGUUAACGGCGAAUCUGGGCUACGCCGCGAAACUUCGGGGGAUUCUUUUGGCCAGAAGAAGAAACACGGCUACCGGAGCAUCCGCCGCCAGUGCUCUGAGAGCCUCUACCCCCGACGAGGCUCCCGAGGAAGAUGCCGGUGAUGGCAAAGGCAACGAUCUACUGGAGCCUUGUCCUUUCUUCCGUAACGAGAUCGGCGGCGAGGGAGAACGCGAGGUCGGUCUUACUCGUUGCUCGAAUGGCAACGGAAUUCACAGACCGCCGCUGUCCUACGGCGUUUCCGCCCUGGAACCGCCGCCCGGCGAGACUCUAUGGAAGCACACUUGUCCACUACAGAAACGUCCCCUGCCUAUCGAGAGCGUUGACGAGGGGGCUCAUUAUUAUCGCCGAUAUUUUCUCGGACGAGAGCAUCAGAACUGGUUCGGAAUGGACGAACAAUUGGGACCGGUGGCCAUCAGCAUUCGCAAAGACGUGAAUCAGUAUCGCGUGAUCGUACGCACGUCAGAGUUACUGACGCUGCGCGGUUCCGUGCCCGAGGAAGCUCUCGGCAUCAGGCCGCAAGGCCGACCGCCUACGAGGGAGCUCUUGGAGUUGGUCGCGCCGGAAGUGCAGCUAGGUUGCCUGAGGCUUGGCACGCCCGCCGCUGAGGAAGCGCUGGCCAGAUUGGACGAGCAGGGAUUGUCCAGCAGAUACAAAGUGGGCGUCCUGUACUGUCGGUCCGGCCAGAGGUCCGAGGAGGAGAUGUAUAACAAUCAGCACGCCGGUCCGGCCUUCUUGGAAUUCCUGGACGCUAUCGGCCAAAGAAUAAGACUGCGAGGAUUCGAGGGUUACAAGGCCGGGCUGGAUACCAGAACCGACUCUACGGGGACGCACGCGGUAGCGGCGACGCAUCGCGGAGCGGAAGUCACCUUUCACGUGUCCACUAUGCUACCCUUCACACCGAAUAAUCGGCAACAGCUGCUGAGGAAGAGGCACAUCGGAAACGACAUAGUCACGAUAGUUUUUCAGGAACCCGGUGCAUUACCAUUUAGCCCGCGAAGGAUACGCUCCCAAUUUCAACACGUAUUCAUCAUCGUGCGAGCGAUAAAUCCUUGCACUGAAAAUACACAGUACAGCGUGGCGGUGUCCAGGAGCAAAGACGUGCCCAUUUUCGGGCCACCCAUUCCGCAGGGUGCUACGUUCGCGAAGGGAAAGACUUUUGUGGAUUUUAUUUUGGCCAAAGUCAUAAACGCUGAAAAUGCGGCUCACAGGUCUGAAAAAUUCGCCACGAUGGCCACGAGAACGAGACAGGAGUAUCUGAAGGAUCUGGCUACGAAUUAUGCCAGCACCACAGUUGUCGACACUGGCCAAAAAUUCUCGAUGCUAUCCUUCAGCAGCAAGAAGAAGACAACUGUACGACCGAGACUCUCCUGCGAUGCAUCUCAACGCGGCGCGAUUUGCUGGCAGGUCAUACUCGAGGAUAGCAAUCAGAACACAGAUUGUUACUUAGGUAUAAGCAUAGACACCAUCGUGCUGGUCGAGGAACAUUCUAGACAGAUAGUGUUUGUCACUCCGUGCGUGAGCGUGCUCGGAUGGCAUGCUCAAACAAACAGUUUAAGAUUGUAUCAUCAUCAAGGCGAGUGCAUCACCAUACACGUACGCGGUGAUUACGGUGAGAGGGACGAGUUAAUGGAAAUUGUGGCACGGCUCCGCGCCGUAACUCAAGGCGCGCCGGCCUCGGAGCUGUCGUUGAAGAGGAACAACCUCGGACAAUUGGGCUUCCACGUACAACCCGAUGGUGUUGUGACGCAGGUCGAAAGUAUGGGACUGUCGUGGCAGGCGGGUCUGAGACAGGCCUCGAGGCUGGUCGAGAUUUGCAAGGUGGCCGUGUCGACCUUGAGUCACGAUCAGAUGGUCGAUCUACUCAAGACCAGCGCCCAGGUUACCGUCACCGUAAUACCGGCAACGAACGACGGAAAUCCGCGAAGAGGCUGCACGUUGCAAAACUGCCAUUAUCUGUCGAAUAAUUACGAAGGAGAUUAUGAGAACGUGACGAGCGCAGAUAAUACGCCGAGUCAGCAAACUGCGAUGUCGCAUCAACGGCGAUACGAUCGAUCAUUCAGCCCACCGCGAUCGAGCAACAGCUCCGGGUACGGUACUGGAUCGAGCUCUAGAUCGUUCAACGAUCCGCGGUUUCCAUUGGAGGGUACAAUGACUAGCAGCAGUAGCGGACACAGUAGUGCCGAUGAUCGUUGGUACGAGCUUCUAGAACCGCAGGAUCAAGAUGGCAAUCAUCGAACAACGGAUGGUACGCCGCCUCCUUUACCAGCGCGGCAAAACUAUCAAGUUGUGACACCCAGCAAGUCUAGCCAGAAGAAGGACAAGUCUCAUUAUGCCAGCGCCAAACAGCUUGCGGAUAGCUCGAAGCAUCGCGAACAUAAUCACGAGCACUAUACGAAGGAGAGCAAUUACGUGUCGUCGAAAAUGAUUCAAGAGAAUGCGCGGCAUGAGAAUUAUCAGCGGCAGCUGGACAAUGCGCAUCGCGCUCAGGAUCACAUCACGACGAAUUACGUGAAACUGCAGAAGGAGCGGUACGAGAUCAAGCAAGAAAAUUUAUACGCUUCUCAGAGAGAGCUUCACAAGAACGAGGCACAGCAUCAUAGUGGCCAUCAGAAACUAGGCGUGUCAAACUCGCUGCCACUGACGCAUAAUGCCGUUUACAGUCUGCCAAAGUCGGGCAGCAACAACAACCUCGGUAGGUACAAUGAAUACGAACAAUCUGGUGGCAAGUACGAUUACGAGACACCUACAAAGGUGAAUAGAAAUUCCAAGUAUGAGAUACAAGAGGAGAAAAUGGUCGAUCGACCAGCGACCAAGUACGAGCACGAUGUACGAGGAUGUUACGAGAAGAGGAUCGGUUAUGAAUACUCAGAGGAUAUUUACGAGAAGAGAAACAGUAAAUACGAUCUAGAGGCCAAAUAUCAAGAGAUGGAGUGUCAGCACAGUGGCAACGAAAGGAAACACAACAACGACAGCAACAACGAACAUAAUCGAGAGUCCGCAAAGUACGAGAUGUCGCACGAUUUCAAAGUAGGCGAGAAGGUUACCUGUCUGAAGACUAGCAUGUCGGAGCGACCGGUGCAUAAGGUAAACGUCGAAUACCGACAAACGAAAGAUUUCCCGUCCAGUCUGCCGCCGGAAGUUCGAAUAUCGGACGUCAAUUGUCCGGAAGUAACGACGCUGCCCAGCGAGGAUGAGCUGUCGAACGGCUCUGGCAGCGUAUCUCCUCGACUACGACGGGCCAAUAAACAUCGCGGUGGCAAUCGUACCCCGUCCAGCGGCAGCUCCAGGAAUCAGAGUCCUCGACCGAAGCCGGGCAUGAGAAAUUCGCACAGAAAUUCCGCGAAUUUGACAUCCAGCACUCUACAAGAGGACCUUAUGAGAUUGAUCAAUCCAGAUUACAUCGCCGACGACAGUCAAAUUGUUAACAAUAAUCUCGUAAAUAGCGUGAUGAAUCCGAAUCAAAACUCAAACAAAAUUAACAAUAAUAUGCUGGAGAUUCAAAAUAGAUGCAGAUCUAGAGAGAAUUUAUGCGGCAACAGCGCAUCGACCUUGAGCGUAUUACCUGCGAAUGGACAAGAGAAUGGAAACAAUGGCUCGGAAGUGAUUCUGACCAUGGCCAGACCAGCUACAGUGAUCUCCAACGCCAGCACUGCCUCAAGCCCAGCACCGAGCGAAAAUAAAUUGUCAAAAGAGGAAAGAUUAUCGCCACGUGUUACGAAGCCACUUCAUUCGAUCUCAAAAUCGCACAGCAAUCUGACACCAAUCAAAGACAUGAAAAAUCAUAACGAUGCGAAUGUGGAUUGUUGGAAGAACCAACACGCGGAUUCCAACAGAUCGAUGAAGCAACAUCCUCAAGAAUGGUCCGAUGACAGACUCAUCGAUGGGUGCAAUGCGAACACGAAUUCCGUUUCGGACUUGAAAUCUCAUCUAUCCACUCUCGAAUUGAGAAUGGCGAGGGAAACGCGUCUGCGACUCUCGUUGGAAGACGAAGUACGUCGAUUGCGUGAUGAGAAUCGACGUUUACAGGAAUCUGAGAAUCUGCGCCUCUCCUUGGAAGAUGAGAACCGUCGUCUGAAGGACGAGAAUCACGCAGCCGCGCAGCAACUCCGACGUUUCACAGAGUGGUUCUUUCAAACGAUGGAUCAUCAAUAAUCAGUAUAAAGAUAAAUCGAGAAUGUUUUAUUAUCCAAUGAUUGUUUCAAACGAUGAUUCAUCAGAUAGCACGAUAAUCAAUAUACUCUUUUCAUUUCCUGUCAUAUAAAUUCAUCAUCAAAAUUAUUUAUUUAGAGAACAAAGUUUGCAUAUAAAUAUUCUUAAAACAGGAAUUAAAAAGAGUUAUCAAUUAUUCAAUCGUUUAAUCGAUUGCAUUUAUUUCAUCUGCGUUUUGCCGCAUUGCUCGAAUCAGGGCACAAUUUUUGUAAGUGCAGUAUUAACGUGAACCUGAAUAUAUAGAUGUUAUAGUAAAUAGUAGAUCGAUCGAAGACAGUCGCCAGAGAUUGCGAAUGAGCAUAAACAGCGUAAACGGGAAUAUUAUAUCAUUCGCGACUCUCCUUUGACGGUUUUCGAUAUUUUGUAUUAUAUAGAGAUUCGUUAUAUUAUAUAAAUAUAUAUAUAUUAUAUAUAUUCAGUUGUAAAGUAUAUAAGUUACCAUCGUACCAUUUCCUCUUGAUUCGAGGAUUCGUGCGUUGCAACUAUCUAUUUAGAUCAUAUUUCCCCAAAACAUUGUACAUCCAUCUUUAAGAGGAUAGUGCACAUUAAUUAAAAUAUAUAACGUUUGAUUUUACAAAAACGACCAAAUGACCAAAUAUUAUUAGAAAAGUUAAGAACUCUUACUUUAACUCUGUAAUUUAUUAUGCCUUUUAUAACAGUCGCCUAGAGUGUUAAUUGUAGAAAUUUAGAAUUUUCGUUUUAAUAAGUGACACAAAAUAUGAUUGCGACAUAAUGUACAAAACUGACGUUUGUUAAAAACCAUAAGUCGAUCAAUAAAGAGAAAUGUGUACUUCAACAA